UUGAAGCCAGUAACUUUCGUCUUUCGUCUUAAAAAGCUACAGCUAAUAUGAACAACAACACCAACAGCUCCCAGCUAUCCCAACCCAUCCAACCAUCCAGCCACUCAGCACGACUCCACUCCAGUCCAAGCCCAUCAACAGAAACCAUCCAACCCCUCGACAAACCCCUAAAGGACCCAUACAGGCCCCAACCCGAACAAAUUAGCCGGGUACACUCUUUCCAGCAACAACUCCAACCCCCAACAACACUUCUACAGAAGGGCGACGAACAGAGGGAGGAGACCAGUAAACUAACCUUGAAAAAAAAAAGAAGUGAAGCGCCACCCCCACCAGAAUAAUCGGAAUCGAAUGAUACCAAUCCCCCCCCUCCCUUCCCCUCCUCUCCCCCCCGAAGGAAGGAAAGAAGAAGAAAAAAAAGGGAGGGAAACGGCAUGCUGCGCAUUGCACUAAAGUGUCAUCACAACACAAUCUUCGCAACGACUCUCCCAUGGGGAAAAAAGACGACUGCAAAAGAAAAUCCAACACGAUCCGUAACGGACCACGCUAAAUUAACUCGCAGCCAUCUCCCCCGAUGUUUCUGAUGCCAGUUGCAGGUGCAGAUCACACCAGG